UAUUCUACUUUCAAAAGCUGCCCACUGGCAUGACAACCUUAUAGGUCAGUCCAGUAUGCUCUCCGGAGAUGAAUACUUGGAUACAGUUCCGUUGAGCUUUUCCCUGGUCAUUCCUUCUCAACUUAUCGGGGUAGCGGGCCAAAUAGCGGGUCUCAGAAUUUUGGAUGUGGAUAGGUUUCUUGGACUCGGACCGACUGGUCUUUCAGCCGCCGCUGUUUCUAACGGUGGUGAGGCCUCCACUGUUGUCGACAACCUCUACAGCCAGAGCCUCCUUAGCUAUGAGGCAAUAUAAAUCUUCUUUAUUCUAUAUCUGCUCUUGACCGUACUGGCGUGGUGUCCUUUGGUUGGUACAAUACCACAGUGAUAAUGGGCCCCAUGAACACCGUCCCUCACAACUACGUCACCUGUUAGCGAAUACUGGGGUUUCGACCAGUCUAUUAC